UCAACCCGGUAGCCGAGAGGUGGCGCCGCAGUGAGGGCGCCUUGCCGGCACCAUGUCGCAUCUACCCAUGAAACUCCUGCGCAAGAAGAUAGAGAAACGGAAUCUCAAGUUGCGCCAGCGAAACCUGAAGCUCCAGGGGGCCUCGGAUGUGAGCUUACCAGAAACACAAAAUGGAGAUGUGUCUGAAGAAACAGUGGGAGGUGGGAAGGUUAAAAAAUCUCUAAAACAGUCUGUGAACAUGGGCUCGUCAGAAGCCCAGAAUGGAGAGGUAGCUAAAAAAACAGCGGAAACUGUACAAAUUAGAAAGAAAAAAAAGAAAUCUACCAUAAUAGUCAAUGGAGAAGCACCAACACAGCCUCCCAAUUCAGAAUCAAAAAAGAAGAAGAAGAAAAAGAGGAAAAUGGUGGAUGAUGCUGGGCCUGAUACCAAAAAAUCAAAAACUGAAGACAAAGGGGACUCUGAAGAAGGGACCCAGGCUCCUGAAGAGACAGAAAACAAUGGGGAGAAGCCAGAUGAUGAGGAAGAGGACAGUGAAGUGCCCAGCCUACCCCUGGGACUGACAGGAGCUUUUGAGGAUACUUCAUUUGCUUCUCUUUCUAGUCUUGUUAAUGAGAACACUCUGAAGGCAAUAAAAGAAAUGGGUUUUACAAACAUGACUGAAAUUCAGCAUAAAAGUAUCAGACCACUUCUGGAAGGCAGGGAUCUCCUAGCGGCUGCAAAAACAGGCAGUGGCAAAACGCUGGCAUUUCUCAUCCCUGCAGUCGAACUCAUUGUCAAGUUAAAGUUCAUGCCUAGGAAUGGAACAGGAGUUCUUAUUCUCUCACCUACUAGGGAACUGGCCAUGCAGACUUUUGGUGUUCUUAAAGAGCUAAUGACGCACCAUGUUCACACAUACGGGUUAAUAAUGGGUGGCAGCAACAGAUCUGCUGAAGCACAGAAACUUGGUAACGGGAUCAACAUCAUUGUGGCCACCCCAGGCCGUCUCCUGGACCACAUGCAGAAUACCCCAGGGUUUAUGUAUAAAAAUCUACAGUGUCUGGUUAUUGAUGAGGCUGACCGUAUCUUGGAUGUUGGGUUUGAAGAGGAAUUAAAACAAAUUAUUAAACUUCUGCCAACACGCAGGCAAACCAUGCUCUUUUCUGCCACACAAACUCGAAAAGUUGAAGACUUGGCAAGGAUUUCUUUGAAAAAGGAGCCAUUGUAUGUUGGUGUUGAUGACGAUAAAGCUAAUGCAACAGUGGAUGGUCUUGAGCAGGGAUAUGUUGUUUGUCCCUCAGAAAAGAGGUUCCUUCUGCUCUUUACAUUCCUUAAGAAGAACCGGAAGAAGAAACUGAUGGUCUUCUUUUCAUCCUGUAAGUCCGUGAAAUACCACUAUGAAUUGCUGAACUACAUCGAUUUGCCUGUCUUGGCCAUUCAUGGAAGGCAGAAGCAAAAUAAGCGUACAACCACAUUCUUCCAGUUCUGCAAUGCUGAUUCGGGGAUAUUGUUGUGUACGGAUGUGGCAGCUAGAGGGCUGGAUAUUCCUGAAGUUGACUGGAUUGUUCAGUAUGACCCUCCAGAUGACCCCAAGGAAUAUAUUCAUCGUGUGGGAAGAACAGCCAGAGGCCUAAAUGGAAGAGGUCACGCCUUGCUCAUCUUACGCCCUGAAGAGUUGGGUUUCCUUCGUUACUUGAAGCAAUCCAAGGUUCCAUUAAGUGAAUUUGAAUUUUCCUGGUCCAAGAUUUCUGACAUUCAGUCUCAGCUUGAAAAAUUGAUUGAAAAGAACUACUUCCUUCAUAAGUCAGCGCAGGAGGCAUAUAAGUCCUACAUUCGAGCAUAUGAUUCCCAUUCUCUGAAACAGAUCUUCAAUGUUAAUAACUUAAAUUUGCCUCAAGUUGCUCUGUCGUUUGGUUUCAAGGUGCCUCCUUUUGUUGAUCUGAACGUGAACAGCAACGACGGCAAACUUAAAAAGAGAGGAGGUGGUGGCGGCUUUGGAUACCAGAAAGCCAAGAAAGUUGAGAAGUCCAAAAUCUUCAAACACAUUAGCAGGAAGUCCUCUGACAGCCGGCAGUUCUCCCACUAAAGACACACCUUCCUUGCAUCUUGAAUAGCUUUGUCCCGAAAUGGAUUUUUUUCCCUUUUUCUAACUAAGGAAUUGUUGUAGCUUCAGGAUUGGGACUGGUGAAACAGCAGUAUGAAUUAAUGUUGCAGCACUGGAGAUGGAUACUUCCAGGAAAUACGUCUCUUAUUUGGGGGGUGUAAAACAGAGUUCAGUUUCUCUAGGUUGCUCAAGGGCAAAGCAAGAGGCCUUUUGGCUUUUGUUGUGAUGAGAGAGUAUUUUAAGUCUUUCCCCUCCAAAUUAGUCAUGAUUGUUUGGUUUGUUUGGUUUUUUUAGGGGGUUUUAUUUUUUUAUUUUUAUUUUUUAUUCAAAAUCAGUUAACAUAUAGCCUGUUAUUCGGAGGUAGAGUUCAGUGAUUCAUCAGUCUUGUGUAACACAGUGCUUGUUGCAUCAUGUGCCCUCCUUAACAUCCAUCGCACAGUUCAACCUUAGAAGGCAGUAACCUGGUGUACUAAAUAGAUGCUAGGGGUGGUGAUACAGAAGAUUGACUCAGGUUUUUUUGGAUUUGGUUGAUUCUUGGACCUUAACCAUAGUUCUUGACCUCCCCGAUAAUGCUACUGUGGCUAGGAAGCACCUUAUAUUAAAGUUGGCAUUCGUUUUUAUAUAUGCCAGAUUUUAAAGCAGUGGGCCUCUCCCCUUUUUUAAGAGAAAUGUGGGUUGUCAUUGUUACUUGAAUAAAAGCACCUUUGGCAUUCUAACAUUUAUUGGGAUCAGUGGGAAUCAGAUUUUCGAGCCUCAUUUAUACCAAUAUAGGUGUAAUACUCUGCUCUUCUCCAUUUAAUAACUUAGCAAAAACCUUUUUGAUAAAGGCAAAGAGUGAUAACACAGUUCAAUCAACUUUGUUUCAAGUGGUUUGAAUUUUGGUGAACCCUUCCAAUUCUGCAGAGUACUCAGGCAAAGCAUCUUUUUGAGAAAAAGGGCCCCUUUUAUGUCUAUGAAACAAAAAUAGGUUUAUGAUGAAAAUUGAAAAGGAACAGAGUUCAGAAAGAGCAGCAAAGUUGGGGGUUUCAUCACGUGGAGUUUUUCUUGUAGGAACUCUUGAUUUCCGGAGUGUUUGAUGUGUCUUAUUUCCAGUGCAUUUUAUAACUAUAAAAUGGUUAUUACAUUUUGAUCAAUUUGAAACCAAAGUUGCUAGCAUCAUUUUGUUGUUGUGCCAAUUAAUAUUCAUAGUUUCCUGUUAAAUGUUAGUACACCGAGAACACUGAAUAUGGAGGACGGAAACAGCCUGACAAGAAUAGCAUCCCAGUAUUAAAAAAAAAGUAAUACUCUGUGUCUCGGCUUGACACACUGUUCCCCUGGCUGGAUCUGUCCUGGGGUUCAGGAUUUGACUGCUGGACUCCUGGCAUUUAACAACUCUUCAUCUAAGAUAUCCAGGAACUUGUUCUCUUUUUUUGUUUCAGAAGAAAUUUUUCUCAAAAAAUACACAAAAACAAAGGGAAGUCUUGCUUUUAAUCAAAGAGCAGGAGUAAAAACUGAAUAUUUUCGUACAUAACCAUCUGGUGUUUUGUAUAUAUACUUUUAAAUUUUCUAUCAGAAGUGAAGUCAUCCUCUAGCCCCUACUUGUAAACCACUUGUUUCAUAAUGUGUCAGUUUUCCUGUCAUUAAAUUAAUUACAUCGAUUUUA